AGCUGGCGUCAUUAUCUAGUUAACAUUUGCAGAGAGCUUGAGAUGAGGUGAGGGAACACUCUCCACCUCUCUCUUCCACAAUUUCAUACACACAAAAAUUAAUGAAAUGACAAAAUGAGUGAGUAAGAACAAACGCAAAACAAUGUUCAACAAUUAUUGAAUUUAAUUUAACUUAACUCUUUCAUUGUUGAUAAUAAUUGUAGAGAGAUAUGGCUUUUUCAUUAUCCAAUACAAAAAUACCACUCCCUCGUCUCCACAAAAACCGUUUCUCAUUUCAUUCUUCACGUUUGAUUCUAUCUCUUCCUUUCUUCAAGACACCGUUACUUCACUCCUCUUUCUCUCCCCUCAAAGCUUCUGCUUCAGAUGGUGACAGUUUGCUUGGGAAGCCUGUUUUUUCCCAGAAGAAUGGAAUUGUAGAGGAACGGAGCUAUUGCUAUGAACAAGAGGAGGAAGAUAGUACUGAAGAAGAUAAAUGGAUUGAUUGGGAGGAUCAGAUUUUGGAUGAUACUGUUCCUUUGGUUGGAUUUGUCAGAAUGAUUCUUCAUUCUGGACAAUAUGAAAAUGGAGAUAGACUAAGUCCAGAGCAUGAGAAAACCAUCCUUGAGAAGCUGCUUCCAUUUCACCCUGAAUUUCAGAAAAAGAUUGGAUGUGGAAUCGAUUAUAUAACGAUUGGAUAUCAUCCUGAUUUUGAUCGCUCUAGGUGUAUGUUCAUAGUACGACAAGAUGGAGAGCAUGUUGACUUCUCAUAUUGGAAAUGUGUAAAGGGUUUGAUCAGAAAGAAUUAUCCAUUAUAUGCAGACAGUUUCAUUCUCAGGCACUUCAGGAAACGGAGUCGUAAUUUGUGAAGUUAAUAUCUUCUGUUGUACCAUUUGAUGUUAGAAAAUUAGCUUUUUUUUUUUUUUUAAUUCUUCAUUUUCGGUGUGUUUUUUUAUUGUUGGUAGUUAGCAUACUAUUUUAAUGGUCCGAAAAUAAAUAAUAUAGAAAUUUAUGGAGUUCAGAAGAGUAGUUAGUAUUUAACAACUUACUAAUGAUCGUUAUAGAUGUUGGAAAUUAACUCCAUUUUAUUAUUGACAAUUUUUUUUUCGUGAUUUAUUAUGGGACACCGAAUGAUGGAUUAUAUAAAUA